CUUCCUGCUUCCACGACAGCGAUUGGAACAUUUGGGCUAGGAGCUCACAAGUUCUUUAUUCACCGGGAAAAACUGACAACUUUACAGACAGAAUGUCCUUGAAUCUGCAGGGGAAAGUCCUGCCAUUGACAGCAGUGGCCUGGACCUCCAGCGCCGGUUAUUGUCCCAAAGAGUUCACCUUGAUCAGUAUCACAGAAGAUGGAUCAGCAGCAAACUUCACUCGCAGCUUUGCCAUGAAGUCCGGAUACUACCUCUGCUUCAGCAAGGACCUGAAACGUGGUGAGGUGCUUUCAGACAUUCAGAUUAUUUCAGACAAAGACUCCAUUCCUCACGGCUACAGUUAUAUCCCAGAGUACCUUGAUCCAAAGACCACGGUGUCAAAGAAGAAGCGGGUGAUCGUUCGCACCUCCCCAGUGGCCAGCGUAGAGACGGCUGUGUUGGAUAUCAAACUGACAGCCAGAAGCAAAAUGUUGCUGCAGCACUACACUUAUGUUGGCGACAUCCAUGGCUAUGUGCUGUGGUGCAGAAAGGGACCCUUUUCCAGCCCCGUCCCCAAAGCCAAACCUCGUAGUGUCAGCUUGGAACUCCGCGGUCUCUCUCUGGAUGAAGCAACGGACUCUCCUCCUCCUCUUCCUCUCCGACCCAGGAACCUUCCUUCUGCUCCACAGCCAAGCCGGCUGAGCAGUCGCCGGCACAGUCUGCAGCCUAGGAAUGUCAAGGAGACCUCUGGGGACAGCAGUCUUCAGGCUAUCACAGCUCUAGAUGGAGUUCCCUUCAGCCUCAACCCAGAUUUUGAUCUGCAAGCAAACGGCAUGGCUCUUCAGAUGAAUUCCCAGCUAAACGACAUCCGCAUAAAGUCUGUCAAAGAUAUUGAAAAUGAGUACAACUACACGUUUGCUGUGGAGGAAUCUGCAGCGAAGAGGAUCCGACCAUCCGUUUCAAAAUAAACCGCACAUUGAUCCUCACAAUUUUGUUGCAAUGUUAAACAAUUUCUGUUACUUUACUGUAUUUUUUUUUGUAUGGGAUUUUAUGAGGUAACAACUUUAUGAAGGGUGAAAAUGAAUGAUAACCAUGGUUCCUUCUAGGUCCAUAUGUUGAAUCUAUUAUGUAGGAGAUCUAAGCCAUUUUGUUCUCAUGUUUGUUCAGUAUAAGAAACAGUUUGUGGAAUUAUGUUGCUUCUUUCCUAAGAAAAGAGAAAUCCUGGUUGUUUUUUUUUUACUGGGAGAAGGAUGUAAUUAUGUAUAUCUUAAUAGUUUCAAGUAAACAUCUAUAGCAUUUAUUUUAUUUUACAUGUAGAGAUUUUGCUGAUGUAUUUGAGUCUGAAAAAAAAAAAGAACACUACAGAUCUUUACCUAUUGCGUAUUUCCAUUUACUGUUCUAGGGCCUUAUUAUUAUUAUUAUUAUUAUUAUUAUUAUUAUUAUUAUUACUGCUUUUUUGUUUGUUUUUUUGUUUUUUUCCAGGGUUUCUUUUGAGCUUGAAACUUUCCUGAUAAUGACUCUAUUGUUACACUUACAUGGUGCAGUUUCUUCAAAGAAAAGCAACAUUUGUUAAACCUUUAUCACCUCUACUUUCAUGGGUUUUUAUUAAUGUGCUGCUUUGCAAACAGAUGUUGGGAAUGUUCUGUUAGGCAUUUUACAACCAAAUACCUGUUGGCAACCAAAUUAUACUUUUUCAAAAAUAAGCACUUAUUGUUAGGGAAAAAUAAAGAUCUAAAUAAAUGAAUC